AACCCUAGCUUUGCCCCAAACAUUGCUUCGCCUCCCAUUCUCUACUUCUCUGGCUCCUAGCUUUUCAUUCUCUUUGCUUUCAAACUGAUGAGACCUCCAAGAGGCCGUGGUGGUGGUGGUGGGUUUAGGGGCAGAGGUGAUGGAGGGAGAGGGAGAGGAAGAGGUGGUGGUGGAAGAGGUGGCGAUAGGGGGGGCAGUGCUAUGAAGUCCCGUGGUGGGGGACGUGGCGGCCGCGGUGGAGGAAGGGGGCGCGGAGGAAUGAAGGGUGGGAGCAAGGUUGUAGUUGAGCCCCACAGACACGAUGGAGUUUUUGUGGCUAAGGGUAAAGAAGAUGCUCUUGUUACUAAGAAUAUGGUCCCUGGUGAGGCUGUCUACAAUGAAAAGAGGAUCGCCGUUCAGAAUGAAGAUGGGACUAAAGUUGAGUACAGGGUUUGGAAUCCUUUCCGAUCUAAGUUGGCAGCUGCAAUUCUUGGAGGUGUUGAUAAUAUAUGGAUUAAACCUGGUGCUAAGGUUCUCUAUCUUGGAGCUGCUUCUGGUACCACUGUUUCUCAUGUAUCUGAUGUUGUCGGUCCUACGGGAGUGGUUUAUGCUGUGGAAUUUUCUCACAGAAGUGGUAGAGACUUGGUCAACAUGGCAAAGAAGCGAACAAAUGUUAUACCUAUCAUUGAAGAUGCUAGGCAUCCAUCCAAAUACAGGAUGCUAGUUGGCAUGGUGGAUGUGAUAUUUUCUGAUGUUGCUCAGCCUGACCAGGCAAGGAUUCUGGCGCUGAAUGCAUCAUUUUUCCUGAAAGCUGGAGGCCAUUUUGUUAUUUCAAUCAAGGCGAACUGCAUCGAUUCCACUGUUCCUGCUGAGGCUGUAUUCCAGAAUGAAGUUAAGAAAUUGCAACAGGAUCAGUUCAAGCCCUUCGAACAAGUCACUCUUGAACCUUUUGAGCGUGAUCAUGCUUGUGUCGUUGGUGGCUACCGAAUGCCAAAGAAACAGAAAGCUGCAGCAUAAUGUUUUUUAGGUUGUCUUUUAAGCCAAUGUUUUCUAGAAAAGAGAUGGCAUCUUAGAUUGAUUUGAGAAAAUUCAGUUUAUUAUGAUGUUUUAUUUUUAAUUUAGUUUUCGUUAAAACCCAAUAUGAAUGUUGUUUUUGAACAAUUUUCGCUAAUGUUGGUUUCUAUCCUCAUUCAUCUUCCCGCUUAUCUGUGUUCUGCAGCACCAAAAUAAUCUAUUCCAUGACUAAAAUA